AUGAUUUUGAAAAAAGGGUCAAGUUUGUCAACAGAAGAACUUAACUGCAGGCUUAGUUUGACAGAAAAUUACUUCAAACAGUUUCUGAGUGUGCAAGCAGAUAUCGAUAAACUAAACCAAGGUGCAGAUACUUCUUCAAGCGAAGCAAUUACAGCAGAAGUUGAAGAUGCAUUUGUGGCCACGAAAGCAAAAAUAAUGAGUUUACUAAAAAAAAGAAAGUUAUCACUGGUAGAUGUCAAUGCAACGAAUACAACAUCGUUAUUGCCGGGCCCAAGAAGUCAUCGGGAAGUAAAAUUACCGAAAUUUGAAGGGAAGUAUAGCGAAUUUCCGAAAUUUAUAGCCUUGUUUAAUAAAUUAAUCAACCAGGAUGAAAUGCUUGAUGACUGCGAACGAUUUUUGAUACUUAAAGAGCACUUGGGCUCUAAGCCGCUGGCAGCUAUUGACGAUUUUGAUGUCACAGAGGACAAUUACCCCAAAGCACUCGAUCGAUUGAAGGAAUGCUUCGAUAAAAAGGCGUUGAUAAAUGUAUUAAAUGCAGCGAAUGCACAUUUGAAUGCAAUGCUAUCAUUAGGUGAUUACAAAGAUAUAGCGAAUGCCAUGUUAAUUCAUUUGGUGAUGGAAAGAGUGGACGACGAUUCACAGGUCAAAUGGGAAGAAUCAGUGGAUUACAGGAAGCUGUCAACUUGGAAUGAAUGUUCAGCAGUUUUGACGAGGCGAUGUGAGAACCUUGAGGCAAGGGAACAUAAAGUUAAUCAAGUGAAUUCAAAGGCUGUAAACUAUCAAAAAGAGUAUAGAAAUAACCGCAACUACAAGUUUAGAAAGCUUUCUUUAAAAGAACGCUUUAUCGUAGCACGGAGAAUAAAGGUAUGUUUUACAUGUUUGAAAAGGGGACACCUUCAAAAAGAAUGCUCUGCUGUUAAAUGCUCGAAAUGUAAUUUAUCUCAUCAUCAACUUUUACAUAAAGAUUAUAUCUUGGAGCCAAAUGAACAAAGAUGCAAAAAUUGGCCAUCUACGUCAACACAGGAGACAGCUCAGUCAUCAGUUAUGAACGUAAUGACUGAAAACGAGGUUUUUUUGGCAACAGCAGUAGUAAUGGUAGCGGACAAGUUUGGCAAAUAUCACCAAAUGCGAGCCAUAUUAGAUUCUGGCUCUCAAAUGCUAGCUGUGUUGGAGACGUUGUAA